CUGACACAAGUUAGCGAGUCGGCAUUAGUCGACACAGGCCGGGCUCCCCUCAUUGGCAUAGCCCGGGCGAAGCUCAGCUUCGCACAUCGGACUUAUCCUUAUCUAUACUUGUGUUAGGACAUACUAAAGUGUUCCAUUCCUAGUUUAUACUAAGGUUAUAUUUAUCUUUCCAGGCUAUCCAUCUGCUGUAGUGCUUCUAGUAUUACUAGUCGGCGUAAUUGACCAUUCCUGCAUCUUCUGGCCAAGAUGUCAUCUAAGGCGAAGUUCCAGGAUGCCUGGCUGACGAAGCCUGAGUUCCAGCCGUGGCUUGCACGUGACGAUGGUGACUCAACGAGAGCCUAUUGCACGCUUUGCAAGGCCGGGAUGGGCGCAGCCAUCUCGACGCUGAGGAGGCAUAUGAAGGGCAAGACCCACGUCGCAGGCGAGAACAGGGCCAAGUGGAAGGCUGCUCAAGACUCUUCGCCCCCCAGCCCAUCUCUCAGUGCAACUGGUUUUGCAACCAUUCUUCUUUGUUGUUUCAUUGCAGAGCACAAUCUCCCCUUUACAUUGGCGGAGCCUCUCGCUGAGCUGCAAAGGCGAAUGUUCCCAGAUUCCGACAUUGCCCAGUCUUUAAACAUCAAAAGGACUAAGUUCAACGAGGUUAUGAAAGCGUUAAGCAAAAUGGCGAGUGAAGAUUUGGCCUCGAAACUUAGGACAAAUAAAUUUUCCAUUAUCGUUGAUGAGACGACUGAUGUAAAUACCACGAAGUGUUUAGCAGUGUUGGUGAAAUAUUAUGAUAAAGAAAGGGACUGCAUUGAAGUAUCGAUGUUGGAUAUGAUUGAUAUUUUUCAGAGUAGCAUUGUGGGGUCUACAGGUGAAAAUCUGUAUGAACUAAUAGUUGGGUGCUUGCAAUAUCAUAACAUCCCUCUCGAAAACCUUAUAGGAUUUGCAGCAGAUGGAGCAGCAAAUAUUAUGGGCGAGCAGAACUCGCUCUGCAGCAGAUUGAGAGCAUCCGCUCCAGGUAUAACUAUAUUCAAAUGUAUAUGCCACUCUCUCCACCUGUGCGCUUCGGAGGCAGCAAAGUGCCUUCCAAGACAGUGCGAGGACCUAAUCAGAAAUGUAUAUUCCUUUUUUUCUCACAGCGCCAAGAGGAAAAAUCAAUUUAAAGAUUUUCAAAAGAUUUGCAAUCUCAAACCCCAUAAGAUGCUGCACGCAUCACAGACUAGGUGGUUGUCACUUCACCAGGCUGUAGAACGAAUACUUGAGCAGUGGGAAGCACUACUUCUCUAUUUUAAAUCAAAAGAGGCAGAGGAUUUAAGACUGUUAUCAACAUAUGACAUUUUUUGUAAAUUACAGGACAAAUCAAUAAUAUGUUACUUAAAAUUCCUCAAUUUUAUCUUGCCCAAAUGCAAUAAUAUAAAUCUAUUAUUUCAGAGACAGACCCCCACUAUCCAUUUGGUAUACAAGGAGAUAAGGGAUUUAUAUCAACAAAUUGUAUUAAUGUUCUGUAAACCUGAUUCGAUAAAAAGAGUUCCCUUAGAAAAUAUUGAUCCAAGGGACGAACACUUUCACGUGCCAACGUGCCAAGUUUGGUUGGGGUCUGCCGUUAAUGGGGAAUUUCAGUCUCCAGCACUGAAAUCAAACUUGUAUGUAAUCUUGGACGUAAAAGAAAGGUGCAAGAAAUUUUUAAUAACUCUCUCUUUAGAAAUAACGAAAAGAUUUCAUCUUAAUGACAAGGUGUGGAAACUAACAGCUGCCCUGAACCCUCCCAGUGCCUUAGAUUGCAAUCUAAGAGUGUCAAUGCCGUCAUUGGAUGAACUCGUGCAGUUACUACCAAGAUUAUAUGAAGGCAACAUUAGUACAUUGGCCGAUGAGUGGCGAUGCUUGCCAUGGCAUGAAUUCAAAAAUGAUAUGAGCAAUUGUGAAGCAAUGGAGUUUUAUAAGAAAAUGGCAAAGGAGGUCAAUCAAGAACAGAAUAAAAAAUUCACAGUAUUGCCACAGUUUGCUUUACAAGUCUUGUCGCUCCCAACCUCUAAUGCCGACCCAUGGAAGGGUACCCACGCCACUCACGCCGAUCGUAACUUCAUGGCGUGGGUACCCCGGGCGAGGCUCCUAGUGUCGCGUUACGGGAUACAGCAGUCAGCAGUCACCCAGGCUUCCUUAGAUGCAGCAAUGGCAGAAUUUUGUGCCUCUCGUAAUUGCUCUUGGAGAUUUACAUUUUUCCAUAAAGACUGCCUGGUUGCCUUAUCUCUGGUACAAACUGAUGCCAUGUGCAAGGAUUUCUGGUCACUAGGGUAG